CGGAAAUUGAAUGGAAUGGCCGCCGACAGUGACAAAUAAAGAGGAUGGAUGAUGAUGAUAAUGAUGAUGAUGAUGAUCGAUGAGCGUGCUGCACAGACAGACAGACACUAGUAUGAGUAUGACUCAACUGAUCAGAAGCAAGGAGCAGCAGUAGCACUCGUGUCACAUACAUACGUACCUCUCUAAUCCCUCUCUACUACUGUCUGCUCUGUAUGGUACUCAGUACUAAUGCCAGGACUAAUAUUAUCAUCAUUAUCGUUAUCAUUAUUAUUAUAGCGAGUCCCCCAGCGCAGCCCCCUCGUCAGGCAGGCCGGCCGGCCCCCCAAUGCCAUCAUCACCAUUAGUCUUUACUCAUCGCCUGCCUUGCCUUGCCUUGCUUUUUCCGUGUCCCUCCAUCUCUCCCUCUUCUCUUCUCUUCUCUUCUCUCUUCUCUUUGUUGUUGAAGCGCACACUACACUCCACUACACUACACUGCAAGGGUCUCCGUGGAGGAGCAUUCUUCUAUCUACCUCUAUAUCUAUCUUCGUGUGCUAUUUAUGCGUUGUUGAAGAAGCUAAGCUAAGCUAAGCUAAGCUAAAGAUGCCAAGACCAGCAGGCUCAAGGCCUUAUGAGUGCGUCAGAAGAGCGUGGCACAGCGAUAGACACCAACCCAUUAGGGGUUCUCUCAUUCAAGAAAUUUUCAGGAUUGCCAAUGAAGCUCACUGCCCAUCCACCAGAAAGAACCGGGAGUGGCAAGAGAAGCUCCCCAUUGUUGUCUUGAAAGCUGAGGAAAUCAUAUAUUCCAAAGCCAACUCAGAGGAUGAGUAUUCAGACCUCAAAACACUUUGGAAGAGAGUAAAGGAUGCGAUCGACGUGAUAAUACGAAGGGAUGGGAGCACUGAAACUGGGCAACUAAUUCUGCUGCAGCCUUGCAUUGAAGCUGCGCUGCAUCUGGGAUGCACUCCGAGAAGAUCAUCAAGAAGCCAGCAUAACGAGUGUCCAGGACAUGGACAUAAUAAUUACCUGAUGAGUAGGCAGCCUGAAACCAUCAAGAUGCAGCAGCAGGCGGCUACCUACGCCUACACCUCAGCUUCUUCUAUUCCUGUUCCUGUUCCUGUUCCUGCCAAACCCACUCCCACUCCCACUAUCGUCGAUGCCCUCCAUCAUGCAGCAUCAAUGGACUCCCUCCAUCCCUCCUGCUUGAGGACAGGCGGCGACGAUUCUAGUGUCAAGGCAAGAAAUGCUCCCAACGGCUACUCCUCCCCCUCCCAUGGCAACAACUUCUUGAUCAUGGAUUCCAAUCCAAGGGACGUACAAAUAUAUCCGCUGCUGCAUGACCCAAAACUGCUCGGUAGUUCCUCGGAGCCUAAUUGGAACUUUCAUUCCCCGCAGCUUACGUCUAUGGGCAACCAAAGGCUUUCCUCCAGUAGUAAUAAUAAUCAUGUAGCGGCGGCGGCGGCUUGUGCAGCAGGAGGCGGCGGCGGCUUUCACGAACGCAGCAGCACUUCAGACAAGGAGUGUGAUUUAACCUUGCGUCUGGGUUCUUCUCCAGCAGCAGUGCCCCUAAAAGAUGGGAAAGGAUGGUCGCUCAUCAAGCAAGCUCCUCCCGGUGGGGAGGGGAGGAAUUCGUGGGCUGCUUGGACCCUUUGCCAUUCUCAAAAAAUGUAGCAGCUAGCUAGCAGGCUAGGUGAAGGAAGGAAGGAAGCAAGCAAGGAAGGAAGGCCGGCCAAUUGGAUAUUGAUUGAUUGUGCGUGGGGGGUUGUUCUUCCUGGCUACAACUCUGGUAGCUGCUGCCCUGCAGACAUUGGCGGGCGGGUGGGUGGGUGGGGCGGUCUGCCAAAUUUGAAACCCUCAAGUCACUCAGUCAGUCUGCUGGUCGGCUUCUGUCUGCCUGUCGUGUGUAAGAUGAAGGGAAAGCCAGUCCGUCUGCUGCCGGCCAAGCAGUAAUGCUUUGGAUUGGAUGCUACUCCAGUCAUAGGUAACUCUGGUGCAUAAAAUGACCGGAGAUUUCAUCAAAUCCCCAAAAACAGAGGAUUGGAAAUAACUCGGCACUAUAAUAUACAAAUCGUCCUUCACCAUUGCAGCCUCAAUUUGAGAUUUUUGCCAAAAAAAAAAAAACUAGAGAAAGAAAAGAGAAAUAAGGGCUUGAACAAGAACAAUAAUAAAAUAGCAAGACUUUGAAUUAAAGUGCAACUUGGGGAAAGAAAGUGGAUAGUUAAUGCAGUGGAUAAUUUAAUGUU